UCCUUCAUCUGCCGAGUCGGAAGGUGAAUGUUUUUACUCGUCGUUUUAGUCUGGCGAGGGACAGCGUGAUCAUUUUGUAUUUUAUUUUCAGCCGAAUGCACAACGCUUCGGGGAGGCUUAAGACUAAAUACGACACGACGCGAGGGGCAAUAUGUUCACUAACGCAACAAUUCCGGAGGUGUCGACUGCCACAUUUUACCACUGCUAGCUUCCUCGCACAGUGCGCAAGUUGCGCAAUACACGAACUCCGGAGAGAUGGGGUAUUGAUCUUUCUAAUUCUCUUCUCUUCCCGUAUUGCUGCUAUUUUUAAAUAAACUAUUCGUGCAAUGUUCCCCUAUUUUAAACGAAAUAUCCUCGAACUCUCUGGGUGCCCGGGAAGACAGUGGAAAACGCAGUGCUCUUCGGGCAAAAGGAUAUAUCUUUGAAGCCAAGCAUCCUGACGUUCUGAAAUACAUCUGCGCUUCUCGUUUUUGGCAAGCCCGACAGGCCCAGCCCCAGUUGCCAUGGAGACGAGCUCCCUGGCGCGCCAGGUGGAGAGUGUGGAGAGGAACAUCGUCUUUCUGAGGCAGGAGCAGCUGGCCCUGCUACACGGCCUGCACCUGGAAAUCCUGUCUCUGCAGAAGCGCUGUACAGAGCUGACCUGUGAAGUGAAUGUGAAGCCUCCUGGAAGAACUCAAGCAGACUUGGAGGAGGAAGAGGAGCUGUUGAUGGAGAGAUGCCGGCAGGCGGAGAUCCGUCUCAAUGAGCAGCAGCACAGCUUGGGGGAGCUGCGCAAGGAACUGAGCCACAAGGGGGCGCUGGUGGAGGCGCUGCGGGCCAGCCUGAAAGACAAGGAGCGACGCUUCCUGGAGGAGCUGAAGCACAGGAGCCAUAGGAUCACCGUGCUGAACACCGAGCUCCAGAAACAGACGGAGGCCGCGGCCUACCUCUCCUUCCAGCUGCACGCCGCUCGGCAGAAACUGCACCAGCAGCACCGCCAUGGGUGGUGGGACGUGGCAAACGGACAGGCUAAGUGUCAUUUGUGGAUGAAGUGCUGA